GCGGGCUGAUGGACCUGUUGGGGUAGUUCCGGGAAGCGCGCGGAACUCAGUCGGCGCUCCCUUGGCUCCGCCCCCGACGCUCCCUUCGUCACGCGCUCCCCUCCCCCUUCCGGCCUGCUGCUUGUCACCCGCUGAGGAAGCCCAGCGGGACCAUGGCUGGCCAGCAGGACAAGGCUGCCUUAAUUAGCGAAACCAGACGGCGCUUUGAGACUGAAUAUCUGCCAGAUAAAUCAGAUAAAUAUGAUUCCAGAGAUGUGGAAAGAUUGCAGCAAGAUGAUAAUUGGAUUGAAAAUUAUUUAAUUUGGCGUCAUGAUGUUGUGGAUGAUACACUGAAGAUGAUUGAUGACAGCUUUCAGUGGAGGAAAGAAUACAUGGUCAAUGAUUUGUCUGAAUCUGCCCUCCCAAAAUGGUUAUUUGAAAAUGGUGCUCUUUACCUGCAUGGAUAUGAUAAAGAGGGCUACAAGUUAUUCUGGUUCAGGGUGAAGUUUCAUACAAAAGAUCCUAAACUGCAGUUUGAAAAAAAGAAGUUUGUAGCCUUUUGGUUAGAGCAUUAUGCCAGGAGAGAGCAUGGGAAGCCUUUAACAGUGGUGUUUGACAUGGCUGAAACUGGACUCAGUCACAUAGACUUGGACUUCAUUCGGUUCAUCAUCAACUGUUUUAAAGUUUAUUAUCCUAAUUACCUCUCAAAAAUAGUGAUCUUUGAAAUGCCAUGGAUAAUGAAUGCUGCUUUUAAAAUUGUGAAGGGUUGGCUUGGUCCAGAUGCGAUAAGCAUGUUGAAGUUUACAAACAAGAAUGAAGUGCAGGAAUACAUUAGUGUAGAGUAUCUGCCUGCCUACAUGGGUGGAAUUGAUACUUUCAAGUACAGUUACCCUCCAUUGGUUGAUGAUGAUUUUCAAACUCCAUUAUGUGAAAAUGGACCUAUUACUACUGAAGAUGAAACUGAAAGUAAAGAGGAGGUGGAAGCAGACAGCAAGGAGGCUGGAGAAUUCAGUGAAGAGCAAAUUCUCAAUGUGAAAAAGGUAUGUUCUGUAGAACAAAUUUCCAAACCAGAAGAGAAUGACAAAACAGAUUCAAAAACAAAAAAUGCAAAGAAAGCGUUAACCAUUUUUAAAGGACCGUUAUUACAUAUAAGUCCGGCAGAAGAGCUGUUUUUUGGAUCCAAAGAAAUUGGAGAGAAAAAAUGCUUGAUAGUUCUGACAAAUGUGACUAAAAAUGUAGUGGCCUUUAAGGUGAGAACAACUGCUCCUGACAAGUAUAGAGUUAAACCAAGUAAUAGUAGUUGUGAACCUGGUACAUCAAUAGACAUAGUAGUAUCCCUCCAUGGUGGUUUUGCCGCUUCCCUGCAGGACCGUUUCCUGAUAAUGGCAGCAGAAAUGGACCAGGCUUCUGGGGCAGGUGUACCAGAAUUAGCUCAGUUUUGGAAAGAAGUCCCUAGAAACAAAGUGAUGGAACAUAGGUUAAGAUGUCAUGUUGUAGAAAAUAGCAAGCCUUCUACUCUGACAUUAAAAGAGAAUUCAUUUAAUAUUCCUACAAAAACCAAUGAAGAUUUACACUUACAGCUAACUCAAUUGUUACAGGUUAAUAGAAGACUUCAAGAGCAGAUUGAUCGCUGUGUCUGGUUCCAGCAGCUAAUAGUUGUAUUAGCAUUGUUCUUAGUUGCUAUUGCUGCCUUUUGCUUCUACGUGUUGUACACUCAGAGAUGCUAAACAGCAAUGCUUUGCACUACCCCUGCUGGCUGUGUUAAUCGGUUUGAAAGGAGAGAGAAUCCAAUGCUGCUCCAUUAAACCCUGAAACUACCAAAAACGAGAGAGGUCUGUGCUGUAAAGUACAACGUUGAGUCAUACUAUUUGCUGUUAAAAGAAGAAACGAAAGACCAACAAGAGUUCAGAAAUUUACUGAAACUGUCUUGACACUUACAGUACAGAAAAAAGAUAUUAAAAGAGCUAGGAGCUAUGUUCACUGGACAAGUUAUUGAAUAUUACCAAACAGAAAAGAUGAGUAAAUGUAACAAUAUACGGUAACUUUAAAACUGCAUAGAAUAUAUUAUUUUUCUCUUUUUGGUUGAAGUACUUUGAAUGUCACCUUUUUAGUUUCAUUCAUUCUCAUGCAUGCAGGAUAUACUAAAAGGUGCAAGCAGGCUGCUUAAAUUUAUUUAAAAAAAUAACUUUUUUUUUUUACAGAAUUAAAAUUGUUAUAUAGUACAGGUUAGAUUUUUCUUACAUGAUAUGUGUGUAUGUACAUAGUGUAUAUGAAAAUAGGGAGACAUGGACCUAUAGUACACAGUAGUUAAAUGGUGAUUCUUUUUGAAAUUCAGGAACAGCAUUCUUAUCAUGGUUAAGUCUUUAUUUUUUGUUUUUUUCUGAAUGUAAAACUAUUGUAUAAAUAUUUCAUGCCAAAUAGUAUACACAGUACAUCAGUUUGUAGCCAUAUUCCCCAGAAAAAAUGCCUGCCAUAAUUCUGAAGAAAUUUGAUAAAAAUACUUCUGUUGAGAUGCUGUCCUAAUUAAUUAUAGAUAUUUUGUUUUAUUAAAUUUUCCUGCUCUAAUGUUUACUAAUUUCACAUGGUUGUGGAAGGAACUCUUUAUACGAACUUAAAAGCAACAGGCUGUUAAGUAGGUCAGCAAUAGUCAACUGCAUGAUUCAUAUAAAAGCUAAAAAUCAAUGUAAGAAACAUUUCUGAGUGAUGUGCAAUCAUUCAAUCAUGCAUGAAUAUUUGGAGGAAACAAGCCAGAUCAGGAAAAGAUUGAGUAUAUUAGAUAGACUAUGAAAAAUAUAGUAUCUGCUGCUUCUUUGAAAGCAUUUUAGGAAUGGUAUAUAAAACAAGUGAGAAUUUAUUCUAGCAAAGAUUCUUUGUACUCAUUUCUGUAAAUAUUUAUAUUGAAAUGAUCUAAAAAUUAAAAGCCUAAAAGGAGACAUGGUAUCUUUCAUAAAUUUUUAAGGGUCUCUCUCCGCCCCCCCCCCUUUUUUUUUUGACUGACCAUUUAUAAUAAAUGCUUGAAACUUAAAACUGAAAUCUAGUUUUUGUUUUCACCACAAAUUGGCUUGUCCGGAUAAGUCUCUUUAUUAGUGCUGGGCCGAUGGCUUUGAUUUUUUUUUAAUCAGUUAGAAAAGAUCAUUGCAGAGUUAAUGUUAUAUUUUGAAUGUACUGUUCCCCCCAAAAAAAAAUUUAAGGGGGGGGGAGAACAGGACAAACUGGGUGUCAGUGUCUCUUUAAUGAUUAUAGGUGUGGCAUCAUUGACAUAAAGUAAAAGAAAAUUGUUUAAAAAAAAUUGAUCAAUAGUUUAUUCUACAAAAUUAGAUAGUGAACUAAUAGACUAAUUCUGAUUAAGCAGAAUAUCAAUCCAAUAAGGUUACUGAAAAUUUACUAUAGAAAUGGAAAGCUUUUGCAGAAAUACCUUUGUACUUAGUGAGCUAUACUGAAUUAACUCAUGCUUCACGUUACUUUAUCACAAUGUUCUCUUUAUUUUUUCAUUAUUCUGGGUUUUGUUCAGCUUGCUUUCUGCUGUUCUUUUAUUUUCUAUAAUAUUUAAUACAUUCAAACAUAGGUUACCAUUAGCCAUAUUUGUUUAAAUUAUUUUCCUGUACUUCAGAUUCCAAAUAUUUCACUGUCAACAAAGCAUUUAAUGGAACAUCCUCUGGAAAAAUAAUCUAGAGUUCUGGUAACAUACAGUAAUUUGUAAAUUAGAGACAAGUUUUACUAACUCUGUUUAUAAAAUGCUUAUUGCUAAUUUUGAUUGGAUAUAGUAGCACUUUUUGUAAAAUUGCAAGAAAUAUAUUCUUAGAAUCUUUGCCAAUAUAAAUAUUCUAAUGCUCUGGUGCUUUCAUAUAUUUUCAGUAUUUUUAAUACAAUGUUAGUAUUUACUUUGUAUAAUUGAUCAGAUGAACAUGUUUUCUAUUUUAAUAUGUUUUAGAGGAAUAAAUACACUUGUGAAAGAUAAGGGAAAAUGUGGCAUUUACUGUUUAGAGUCUUAAAAAAUUGAUUGUAGAGUUAAAAAUCUGUGGGUUUUGCAGUAGGAGUUUGUCCUUUUAGGGUACAGUUCCUAGCACAGUGGGACACCAACCUAGCAAUGGCAUCUAGGUACCAGGUUUACCGUGUGUGUGUGUUUGUAAUGUACACACACCACGCGCACAGUCUUGUUAAACCUAACUAGAAUUUCAGUACCAUAUAGCAUAUGAAGAUAUAAAUGUAAUCCAAAGAGCAUAAUGAACCACAGAAUAACUUCACUUUUGGGGCUAGGUUUAUUUGGUACUUCCUCAGUGCAAGGGGCUGGACUUGAGGACCUCUGAAGGUCCUUUAGUGUCCUACAUUUCAACGAUCACGCAACAUACAGUUACUCUUUGAGUAGUGUCCCUAUGGGUGAUCCACUUCAGGCACACAUGUGCCUCUUGAGCCUUGAUUGGAAACUUUCAGCUAGAAGUGUCCGUUUGGCCCGUGCAUGUUCCCUAUGCCUCCUCAUGCCAGACACCAAGGCUAUAUAGGGGUGCAUGGCUGAUCCGUCCUCAGUUCCAUCUCAACUGCCUCGACCUGAGACGGAGACUUAGCGUGUCUGCCUUGAGCAUGCCUCAGCCUUUCUAAUAUUUCCCUAGUGUUAAGAUACUUAGUCUAGUAGUUGGUGGUAGUUUGUGUAGUUAUAGUUAAUUAGUUUUUAUACGUGUUGAGGGAUUAGUUUGUUCUCCUCUCACUUUUUCCCUCUGGGAGACUCGUUUUCAUGGCAGAGCAUGCCUGGCUUGCCAGGCUUCAAACGCUGCCUCUCCUGCCAAGAGGCUAUUCCUGUAAUCAACAGCCACUCUAAGAUUGUCCAUUGCUUGGAGGAGUCCCACGUCUCCCAGAAGUGAAACUUCUGCUUGGCCCUCAAUUCUAGGGGAAGGAAGAACAGGGAGAUCAAUUAAAUACGGUUCGUGAUGAAACGCUUCCUGUGACCAGAACCAGGUCAGGAGAUCCUCUCCCCUACACACACCAUACAUCUGGCCCCAGACAGAUCCAGCACUCCCUCUGUCUUGGGGCAUGCUUCCUGUAAGGAAGGGAACAUUUUGGAGGCUUCUGGGAAGACUCUCAAAAAGAGGAGUGUGGACUCACUCUGGGGAAUCAGGUCCCCAGUCAAGUCUAUGGUCUCUGAGGGUACCAUUGAGACCAAGGACGACUCCACUGGUACGAGCUAGGCUGUGAAGCCCCAGAGCUCUGAAGAAAAGAGACAUCCCUUCAAUAGGGCCCCAGUAUGCUCUCUCAGUAAGGAGAACGGUCAUAGGGCACUAUUGAGUUGGGCCCAUCCAUUGAUCUAGAUCCAGCCUUCCAUACCGUUGCAACCUUUAUCCCAGCCAUUGACAUUGAUGCACUCUAUCCAGCCACCCAUACUGGUGUAAUUUGGCAUCAAACAAAUGACGACACCCAUCUUCAACUGCGGUGUUGCCAUCAUCAUCUUUACCAUCAACUUCAGUGACCAGGGCCAUGGCUACCACGUUAAUGCUGGAUCCUUUCUCAGUACUGCACGAAUCCUAUACUCUAAGGACUUUUUGGUAUCGGAUGAACUGGAGUCUUUGCUUUUUUUUAUGGAUACAAUGUGGCUUUCAGUGCUGAGACCCAUGUCCAAGCUACUAUCCUCCAGCACUGCAGGACUCCACCAUUUUCAGUGGGUGCCCUCCCACCAUAGGAUGAUGUGAAGAAGGAAACUUCUAAAUGGUGGUGUUCCCCAACAUACUCCUUCAGGAAUACCUUUUCAGCUUGUCAACAGGGAGCAUUAUACUGGUCACCAAGAGUGGUGGAGCCAGUGCUGUAUGCCACCUCUACUUGUUGUAAAUUGAUAGCAAUUUACCAAACCACUGGUAGUGUCUUAUAAGGAGACCAGAGUUAUGCAACCUUCACCUUGCCAACCAGCCUUCUCACAGGAGACAGUCGAGGAGCAGGAGGCUAGGCAGAUGAAAUUCCAAGUCAUCUUUGUUGGCGGACAAGGCGGUUAUGCUUCCGUUGCUGACAACUUCAGACAAUUUCAAGACCUCAUUAGGAGGAUAGCUGCCACUCUUCAGAUCCCUUCAAAAAGGUCAAGGUUCCACAAUACAAAGUGCUAGAUAUCUUGCAGUCAGCAACACUCUCCAAAAUGGCGCUACCUAUCAGUGAGGCUAAAAUGGUGUGGCAAACACCUGCCACUUUUCUGCCCCCGCCCACCUUGUAAAAGGGCGAAUGAAAAGUACAAUGUUCCCCCCCCUAUAGAUUCUGACUUUGUUUUCCUGUCUCCUACCUAACUCAUUGGUGGUGCAUGCAGUAAGUGAAUGGGGUAGACAGCAUUUUUCUAGGUUUAUCCCUUACCAUAAGGACUAGAAAAGGCUGGAUCUCGUAUGGGCGAAAGUCCUAUUCAUCAGCAACCCUGCAAUUUUUUAUUGCAAAUUAGCAGGCGAUCAUGGCUAAAUACAACCUCACCAAUUAUAACAGGCCUGUGACCUUUAUUGAACAAUUGGCACAAGUACACGGGGAGCAGUUCCAGUCUGUGGUCUCUGAGGGCCAAUUAAUAGCCAGAACUGCUCUUCAAGCAUCCUUAGAUGCUGCGGACACUGCGGCCAGAUCCAUCUCCACAAUGAUAGGCAUGGGGCAUCAUGACUCCAGCUCCCAGGGUUUCCAGAAGAGGCACAACGCUGUGGGGGAUCUAAGAUACUUAAACAAGGAUGUGAAGCCUCAAAAGUCUAGGAUGACGACUAUGGCAACAGUAAGUCCCUUACUGGAGAAAGGAGAUUAGUUUUCGGCUCUCUACCUACAAGAUGCCUAUUUUCAUAUAUUGAUACACAUCACACAGGAAAUACCUACGCUUCACCAUAGGCCAGGAUCAUUUCCAAUACCGGGUGCUUCCCUUUGGCCUGUCAUCAUCCACAAGGGUGUUCUCAAAGGUAUUGACAGUAAUGGCAGCUUACUUUCGGCAGGAAGUGAUCCUGGUCUUUCUGUACCUCGAUAACUGGCUGCUCAAAGGUCUCUCCUACAAAAGUACUGUUAUCCAUCCACAUGGCCCUUGCUCUGUUCCAGGAGUUGGGCCUGCAGCUGAAUGUAAAAAAAUCCACAUUGACACCUGUACAAAAGAUGCAGUUUGUACGGGCAUAUUUGGACUCAUUGACAGCCAGACCCUACCUUUGUUUGGGCACGUUAGGACAUGGCAGCUUGCACCUGUGUGAUGGAUUACACAAGGCUGCAUUUUUUAUGCUUCCAGUGUUGGCUCUGAUCAACCUACUCCCCAGUCAGGGAUACCCUGGACAGGCUGUGAUGGUUCCCCCUGCAAGUAAAAAAAA